AUGGAUAAUUGGACAUACGCCCUUAUUUACCUCCAGCGUCCGCACACUGCCAACUUCCCUAAGUGGAGGCGCAGUGCGCUUUUACGCACAACUCAGUUGCCACUCUGUAGGAGAGCGGAGUGUCAUGAGGUCAUGAGGGCCAUCCUUGUACGAGCGAUACGUUCCGAACGAUGUAUGAAGAUUAUCAUGCUGAUUGUUCUGUUGUUGGUUCUCUUGGGAGAAGCGGGUCUGUGCCUGGAGCAGGAGGGAGAGUUCCACUUUAAGAGAGACAUCCGACACUUCUCCGUGGCUAAUAACACGGUUUACAUCGCUACAGAGAGGAGGCUGUACCAGCUGAGCCAUGACCUGACCCUGGUCCAGAGUCUGACCCAGAGAGGAAUCUUAAUAGAUCCACUGUCUAAUAACCCGCAGUUUAACCGGGUUUCUGAGACGGAUACGGGGAACACAACUUUCAGUGUCAACGUAUUGUUGCCUCUUGUUGCUGAUGAAAACCUGAUAACAUGCGGAGUGUUUGAUAGCGGGUGUGGUUACUGCGAACUGCUGGACUUGAAAAACGUUUCCAACGUGCUGUACAAGGAACACAUCCAGGUGGGGUCUCUGUGGCGCAGCAGCGCGUCCGUGAGCUUUCUGGUGAAUGUGGAGACUCGGACCCGGACAGAGACUUACAUUCUGGCCGCCGUGCAGCAAUACAGAGUCAAACCUUCAAAAGCCAGCUGCCCCCCUGUUUCACAUGCAAUAAAUUCCAUCAUUUAUCUUUUCUCCAACCUGCCCUCAGGAGACCAAAACAACAAAGUGCGUCUCCUUUGGCUUGAAGGUAAAGGAGGCAAACCUCAGACUCUGAAGUCUCUGCGGGGCGCGACCCUCAGUGUCUCUAAUGGAGGGAGAGGCUGCAGACUGAUCGCCUCCUCGGUCAUCCCGGGCGGUCCACCGAUGCUUUGGAUCGGCGUGUUUAGUGUGGAAGGAGGACAAACCAACACCGAGCUGGUGCUGUUUGACAUCAGCCCUGAUCUCAGCGGAGGGACCGAUACGGAUCCAGACUUCUGCGUUGAGUGUAGCAAAAGAGACAGACCAGAGCCAAAGACACUGAGGCCAGAGAAGGUGAUCUUCAGGCAGGACUUCAUGACCUCUGUGCUGGCAGUGAGGCAGAAGGAGUGGACAGUUCUCUUCAUUGGGACAGGAGAUGGACAGCUCAUUAAGCUUUCUGUGGACAAGAACUACCACAACACCUGUCCUACAGUGCUCUACAAAACCAGUGAUGACCGCAAGGUGUUUUCAAAACUACAUCUGGAUCAGGUGGAUCUGAAACAUGUAUAUGUGCCAUUUCAAAACCAGAUAAAUCGUGUUCCUGUGUCAAAGUGCAGCACAUACAAAACCCUGCAGGACUGUUGGUCUGCACAGGAUCCAUACUGUGUCUGGUGUGGCUCCAAAAACAGGUGCAGAAAGUGUAUCGAGGCUGGAUGUGACUGGACCACAAACGGCUGUUCUUGGGCAAAUCAAGGAGUGGGGAAUGACAGUGUCUGCCAAAAGAUGGAGUCAUGGAUGAACUUUACUAGACCAGAGAUCUCCUCCAUCACUCCCAGCGUUGUGUCUUUCUACGGCAGGAACCACGCUGUGUUGUCUGGUAGUAACCUUAGUCCUGUGACAGGAGUGAGGAUCCAGGCAGACAUGGACUGCACACCUCAAGAGUCUCCUGUUUGGAACAACACCGGUGAAUUUCUGACAUUCCACAUUCCCAGUGCAGAAGAUAAAGGUGUGGUCCAAGUAUGUGUUCUCCUCCCUGAUAAUAGCUGUUACAGCAAUGCCAAAGUCACCUACCGCUCAGCACCAUCCUGCACCAACAUUUCACCUAACAGCACCUGGAGUAGUGGAAAAAGGAAGAUCACAAUCCUGGGAUCCCACCUGGAAUAUGUGGAAGCUGUCAAACACAGCCAAGUCCAGCAGGAGGUCAGACUUCCAGGAAACAUCAACUAUCAGCCUCUACAGAAUCUCACCUAUGACUCACCUGCAGCUGAAAAUACUCAUGGGACUUUUUCCAGCACUUUGUACCUGAAAGUAGCCAAUGAGAGCUUAGCUUGUUCCACAGGAAUAACCUACUAUCCAGACCCUGAGUUUACGAUGUACGCAUCACCAUACAGAAAAAGGCAGACAAACUAGGGAUGACCAUAGAAGAGCUUUCAGUGUGGGGUAUUCAUGAAGAAAAACUGCACUCCUGCAUCAUGACAGAAAAAGACACAAAUGCAGAGACUGAAUUUUUCGUCUGUGAGAUUUUGAAUACACAUGAUGCUGUCGAUACAUUUGAGGAGUUAAUGAUACAGUAUGGAGACCAAACAGUUAACCUUAAACUUUCAUUGCAUUUGUCUGUUGUGAUGCUGCUAUGCUUUCUGCUAAUCCCUUUCAUUGUUGUAGCUGUUGUGAUCAUCUGUUGGUGGCAUCACAAAAAGCACACUCCAAAGAUGAACAAGGUCGGGGAAGAUCUGGAGCUCAGACAAGACUUCCGUGAAGCAUCCACCGGUGUAUCUUUGCUCUGAGCUCCUCAAGAACCCCCCCUCUCUCCUCAGUCCUCAUCUUCUCCUGGUACUUUGAAGAAAUGAAAAGAUCCACCAUCAUGGCGGAGGGAAUAAGAUUUGUGGGUCAGCAAGAAGGAAGAGAGGAGAAAAGGAUCUGUAAAGAAUGUAGUGAGAAGCACGCUCAGUGAUGUGUGCCUGAUGCCUGUUUUUGAUGGCUUGCUUUGGAUCACUUUCUGUUUUGUUUUUUAGAACGCCAAGAAUGUGUAAUCUGCAGUUUUUUGUCUUAAUAUUUGUCUUAACAGCCUGACUUCAGAUGAAAUUUCCAACUGAUAAUAUAACAUCACACUGAACAACAUUCAGUUGGACCCACUGUUACUGUAUAGAAACGUAUACAUGGUCUAAGUCAUGCCCAAGGACAUGUUUCUUAGAUGGGGGUGUCUUAUUCAGAUAUCAACAAAGAAGGUCCUUAGAUUUUCUUGCUUAUCUACAAACCAAACAAGACGUUUUGUUGCCUCCACCUGUUUGAAUAGGGAUUUACUCAAGCUAAAUAAAAUAUUUUAAUAUUUUGAGAUGUUCUUUCUUCUUUUUUGUAGCUUCAGGCCAUAAUUACCAAAGUUCAAAUAUACAAAUGAAACAUUUUAGUUUACAUGUCAUGAGUCUAGAAUAUAUUCUGUGUACUUUCUUAAAUAAUUGAAGAUUUUUAACUUUUCAUGAUACUCUGAUUUGAAAAUUAAAGUGAAAUAAACUGAAACACAUGGAUUGUCUAAGCCAAUAGCAGAACGGAAAGGGGUUGGUCUGAGGCAGAAUUGAUCCAGUUGUUUGAGCCAUGCCUUCCAAAAGGGAAUCAACUACAAAAGAGGGUUAUUGCCUCUGAGGUCAAAACUGGUAGAUAGAGAGAGGAGUUUGAAGGCUGUGCCUUUUAUAGAGACUCAAUGCAAGCCUUGGUUCUGUAAGCACUGUGUUCUAGUGCAGGGGUUCCCAAAGUGGGAGUCAGGACCACAUGGGUGUCAC